AUGUUGAAACUUGUCAUCAUUGAAAAUCAGGCGAAUGAUUCGGAUAAAAAUGGAAAAAUCAUACAUCCAAUUGCAAUGUAAUAUAAAAAUAGAACAUUUUUUGAAUUAUUUUUUUCAAAAAUGUAUGUUCAAAAUUUUGAUUUUUUCAUCUAAUCAAAAUUGACUCGCUACUAUUCAAAUUAUACCCGAGUUAUAUCACCAAUAUUCGAUCGAGCUAAUUCUGCGUUCACCGUCGCGAAUCUGCCAACGCGUUUCGUCCGUUUUAGUAAUGUUCGUUCUGCACCAACAAGAAAUUGAGGCGUAAAUUAAUGGGGUGAUUUAAGAAUAAAUUGAAAAAAUUUAAUGGGGUGAUUCAGUCGAAUUAAUCGACGUGAAUUUUUCAAUUAAUUGACAAAAAAUCCGAGUCUUUUAGGGCGAUAAAUUUCACAUUUUUGUCAAUUCUUCGCUUUCAUUUCUUGGUAAUAAAUGCGAUUAAUUGCAUAAAAAAUAGAAUUUAUUUGACCUAUAUUUUAAAACGUGACCUAUAUGAGUUGGAAUUAUCAACAAAAAAAUCAUUUUUCCUCAAUUUUCUUUCAUUUCGAAAUGAGUUCAAAAAAUAAGCAGUGAAUUUGGGACACGUUUCAAAAAAGAGGUCAAAUAAAUUCUAUUUCGUAUUGAAAAGCCUCAUUUUUGAAUGCAAUGAUUUGCAAAAAAAGAUGGAAUUAAUCGACAAAAACGUGAAAACAUCGCACAGAAAUGACUUGGAUUUUCUGUCAAUUAAUCGUUAAAAAACGAAUUGAAUCAGCUCAUAAGGUUUUUGGCCAUUUCUCGCAUUUUUUCAGAAAUGAAUGCGAUAAAUUGACAAAAAAACGUGAAAUAAAUCGCACUUUUUUUUGUCAAUUUAUUCUCAUGAAUCACCCCAUAAUGCCAAAAGUGCGAAACCUUUCUCGAGAAUAGUAUUAUCCAAAAAAAUUACAUAAUCAAAUAUUUUUCUCAUUGAAAAUCCAAGUUUACUGGUCCGCUCCUGAUACUGGUCCGCUCCUGAUUACUGGUCCGCUCCUGAAUACUGGUCCGCUCCUGAUUACUGGUCCGCUCCUGACUACUGGUCCGCUCCUGACUACUGGUCCGCUCCUGACUACUGGUCCGCUCCUGACCAAUAUUAGCCAUGGUCCGAUUAAUUGACCAACAGGCCUUUUACGGAAGGAGGCGUUUGCAGAGGGUUGGGGAUUGGAUUUCUAAUUCUCUCAUUUUAUCUUAUAUUCAAAUAACUUCGUUCUGAGUCAAAACUUCUAACUUCUAACUUCUCAUCUAAUUCAAAUAUUCAUCAUUAAACUUUCUCCCCCCCCCCCAUAUUUCAGUUUUUUAUCUUUACUCCUUUUCCCCUCUUUAUUUUACCUUUAAUGCAUCCUUAUUCACUAUCAUGUUAAACCACAUUUAUUAUUCACAUAGUCACAUCCUCUCAAAUGGCCCAACUUGUCUUUUUUAUAGGACCUACGGGUCUUUUUGUUUUAUUGCAGUCAUCUCGAUUAUCAUUUCUCUACUAUCUCUUCUUUUUAAAUUCUUUUGUCUUUCACAAUGUAUAUCGGUGUGGUUCAAUAAAUAUAUAUAUAUAUAUAUAUAUAUAUAUAUAAGAAAAAAAAAAAAAAAAGAUUUUUUUUCAAUUAUCCCACCCAAAUUCGAUCAAGAAGAUAGUUGUUUCUCGAACAAGGCUAUUCAAUAUAUGUCAUAUAAGUUAGAUAACAAAGCAUUCAAAGUUUUGUAGAAUGAAAACAACGUUCAAAUCGAAAAUUGUUAAAAAAAUCUUCAUUGUAUUAUGUAUCAGCUUUGUUGCUUUUGUAUUAGUCCGUUUUUUGGAACCUCGCUACAGGUGAUUUUUAUGUUUUUUUAAUGGUUUAAUUUUUAAAAAAAGUACUAGGGGCGGUGCCCCUAGGCGAAGCUGUUAUACAAAAUCCUCAAAAAAUUCAAAAUUACAAAGAAUAAUCAUUUUUUCGCAUUUUUAAAAUGGUCAUUAAUAUUUAAAGAAAUGAAUAGCUUUUCACGUAGGCAUUCGUGGUCAAGUGGUACUCGACUUUGCCUUCGAAUCUAACCAUUUUUGUUCGAUUCCCAGCUAAAGCAUUUUCCUAAAUCCCCUAGGUAUGAUUUUUAAAAUUUCUGAAGAAAAUGUGAAAAAAAUGGUGAAAAAAUGUGCGAAAAAAAAAUAUAAUCAGAAUGCAUACCUACGGGAUUUUAUAAAGAGGUCAAUUGGAAAUGUUUUGUUUUAUGAUUUUUAUGUACAAGAUCUCACCCUAAAAUCAGUUUUUCGCUCUUUCAAUCUUUAUGAAAUAAACUGACUGAAAAAGGCAAUAAUAAUAUAAGUUUCAAUAUUUCAAAAAAAUAAUUUAAAAAAAAAAUCACAGCUCACAUUUAUUUCGUGCGAAUUUUUCUUCAUGAAAUAUUUUUAACAGACACUAUUUGGAACACAGAGAUAUUCAAGAUUUCAAAGCGUUUAUCACAUCAUCAUAUUAUUAUCCUGAAUCUAAAAGUUUGGGAUCAAACGCAUUGGCUCUUGUGAUGAGUAUAAAUUUAAAAAGAGGAUAUCAUUUUGGCAAAAAAGAAUGGUACGAAAGUGCAAAACAACCCAUAAUCACAAUAAGAGCUAGAAAUCUAAUAUCUUCGAAAGUCAUAUCAAGUUCUUUUAAAAAAAUUACACCUGAUGAUAAUGCGUGUUAUAUGGUUUCAAUCUUCCUAACCGUUCAAUUAUUACCAAACACAAUAUCUGUUGAACUUCUUGGUGACAAUGGUGAUAAUUCAGUAUCAAUUCCAUUUUCAAUUCCACCUUCUACAAAUUAUCAUGAUGUUGUAGUUUGUAUAUCUCCAAUUUUUGUUGCAGAAAAUUGGCAAACUUUUUUGUUUGCUAUGCACAUUUACAAAAAAUUUGGAGCAUUUGUGAAUUUGUAUUAUAUAAGUGCAGUUGAUUCAUUUUAUGAACUAAUCAAAAUCUACGAAGAAGCUGGGUACUUAACAAUUCAGCCUUGGGUUAGCAUUAAAUUGGUUGGAGUUGACCAAAAUGAAUUGGAUCCUUACCAUCAAAUUGAGUUCAGAAAUCAAGCCGCAGCUCAGACAGAUUGUAUUUUGAAGUAUAAGGUUAGUUUUGAAACUAAGCAUUGAUAUGUUCUUGAUUGCUACCGGCGUAUCAUUUGAAAUCAUUAAACCUCUCGGUCAGUAAACGGCGAGGUCGCUACCGAUCGGGGCGGAGUCGCUACACGUUUCGGGCGACUGGCCCGAGGCACUUCGGACGAGCCUGGGGCGACUCGCUCGAGAUUGUAGACACUUGCCCCGUUCACGCUACAUUUGCGGCAAGUUGUCCAUCACUCGCCACUUUUGAGGCGCGUUUAGGGCAACUCGCUGCAAAACGAGUCUCGAAAAAUGUGUAGCGAGUCGCCCCGAGCUAUGUCGAUUUUGGGCCGAGCUAUUUUAGAAAAAAAAAUGAAAUUUUUUUAGGAAACCGCAAAGUUUGUAACAUGUCUAGAUUUGGAUGACAUUCUGAUUCCGAAAUUUGCCCCAACUUACCUUGAAGAGUUUCAAACGCUAUUAAAAAAAAUAUCUGAGAACAGCUAUUUGACUUAUGAUAAACGAAAUUAUCGAGCUCACACUGUGAAUAAGUUCAACAAAUUUUCUUUAUCUAAAAUGCUUGAAUCUAUUGAAAUUGGGGAUGUUUUUGAAUCCGGAAAAAUUGUUACUGAUCCAAAAUUGAUGAACUUUACAUGGAUUCAUUGGACACUCAACAAAAAUAUCAAGCGUGUAGAAGUCAAAAAUAAUUGGAUAACUCAUUUGAAAAAUGUCACAUGGUUUUUCGGAAUUCGUUACAUUAAAUAG